AAUUAAGGAUAAAGUUGAUGCUCCACCAACUAAUGUUGAAGAUCAGCCGAUACCAAAAAGUUUAGAGCGAAUGAUAAACUUGAAAAAUAAUAUGAAAAAUCGAAAAAAGUUAUCUGGAGAAAAAAGUAAUAAAGAAAAGAAAAAUAAAUUGAUAACAGUGGGCUUAGAAAGUAAUAGACAAGUAUUGGAUCCAAAAGCUAAACCAGAAAAAGUAGUCCCAGUUUUUAGCCAAAGGCCUGGUGAACCAGAUUAUAAAUUUUUGCAUCGUGUUAACGGCGAGACAAUAAAUUAUUUAAAGGAAGCAGAGUUUGAAAAUAAAUUUAAUGUGCAAAUAGUUAGAAAUCCAGAGACUGGUAGACCUGAAGGCUUACAAAAAAAACCAAAAGACGAGAUUGAUGAGUUACUUAGGCUUAAAAUGAAGCAUAAAAAUAUUGGAAAGAAAAAAAAAGUUAAAUCGAUAACAGAACCUAAGUUAACUAAAGUUCAAAAACGUAAGAUCAAACUACAAGAAAAGAAAGCGAAAAAAUUGAGUAAUAAUGCUGAUGAUUUUAAUAUUUACAAAGAUAAAGUUGAAUUCGGUGAAGUUGCUCAUGCUCCACCAGAAUUGAAUGUAAAACCUUCCAAAGCAGAUAAAGUAGUUAAGCCCGCCAAGAAAGAAUUACUUUUACAUUCAUUACUUAAUAAUAAAAGUGAUAAAGCACAGCCUAAGUCGAUAGAUAAAACAGGUAAACGAAAAAAUCUACCUUCUGCCGAGAGAAGGAUUCUUGAGAAGCAUCAAAGUGAAGUAAUAGAAGCCUAUAAAUUACUUAAAACUCGUAAUAAAUCCUCUGGCAUGUCUUCGUUACAAGAAUAA